CUUCCCUGAUACAAAUAACUAUUCUGCAUUGCUUGUAGAAAAAAACAAGUAGUCUCUCGUUCUCGACCAUGGCUGCAGAAUCCCCUACUUCCGCCCGCAAAGUGGUGGUCCACCUGCGGGCUACCGGUGACGCUCCAAUACUCAAGCAAGCCAAAUUCAAGAUAGCUGGAACUGACAAGUUUGCCAAGGUCAUUGACUUCCUUCGCCGGCAACUUCACAGGGACACAUUGUUUGUGUAUGUCAACAGUGCCUUUUCUCCAAACCCAGAUGAACUGGUGAUCGAUCUAUAUAAUAAUUUUGGAUUUGAUGGGAAACUGGUGGUGAACUACGCUUGCUCCAUGGCAUGGGGCUGAGAGAUGGUUGGGAAGCAGCUGAGCACCGUCUCUUUAAUCCUGUAAAUACAACCCAUAUAUACUCUUUGGCGGCACUUCUGAUCAUGCAAUAGUGGAUUGCAUGAUGGUCCACAGUUGCAAGUGCAAGAAGGCAGACACGAAGGCAGGCCAUCACCUUAUCUUCGCCAGCCCAUCUAACUUGCGAAUGUUUCUCCUUCCUCUUAGUUAUUUCUCUUCCUGUUUUUGAAAUCAAGCAUAUUCACAAAGGAAUGAAUUAAAGUCAAAAAGAAAAAAAAAAAAUACCGAAAGCUUCAAAUACUACGAAUGCUUCAAAUACCACACAUGCAUGUCCCCACGCAGCAUAAGAACAUCAUGAGCUUUAUUUUUAUUAUUUUUAUUUGUAUUUGUAAAUAAGAAUUUUAACUGAGCAAAUUUUUGAAUGCUUCCUUUAAAAAUCAGUUGGGAGAUUGAUUUUGUUA